AUGUUUGGAGCGGCCACAGAAAGGUCUUCUUCCUGUUGCUUCCAUCCUGGAGUGUUGGCUGUCAAUGUGGGUCUUGCUUCUCUCGACGGCAUUCUCGCCUUUCUCGCAUUCUAUCAGCUGAUAAGAAUUCACUCAAGGAAUUUACAACUUGGCUGGACCAGACAAAAGGUGUUUCAUGUACUGGUUGGCUCUUCUAAUCUAGGUUACUUUCUUUAUUUCGCAGCAAGUCCCAUAGCUUACCAUAACAAAUGGCUAUGCUGGUCAUACUCGUGUGGUUUUAUCCUCAUGGCCUUCUCCAAGAUUUUGUUUUUCGGAGCUUUUCUUCUGCUUUUAUCCUUCUGGGUGGACCUUUGUCAUCAGGCAGAUGAUGAGGAUUAUGAGGAGGAAGAUUUCAACUUCCAUGAACCUUUGUUGGAAAUGCCACCAGAGCACUCAGGUUCGACACAUGGAGAGUCUCAAAGAGCAUGUUUGCCAUUUCGCUCGAUCCGUGUUGGAAGUCGACAAAGAGUUGUGAUUUUGGUCAUCGUUCUUGCAUUUGUUUCAACAAUAACAUGUGCGACACUAUUCUGGAUUGACAUGAGCAAUGGCUUUAGUCAUUCAUCAUUAUUGGCCAUGAUCUAUGAAGAUAUAUCUGAUGUGGUAAUGCUAUUGCUAGGUGGAGCAUUGGCUUGUUAUGGCCUUGUAUUGUACUUGAAAAUGAGGCGAGUGAGAUCAGAGAGAGCGGCCUCAGACAUAUGGAAGGUAGCAGGCUUGGCAGUUGUAGCUGUUAUAUGCUUCACGACCAGUGCUCUUGUUGCUUUUUUGGCUAAUAUUCCUGUUCGUUACAACUGGCAGCAACUGGACGGAAAUGAUCUUCUUACUUCUGUUUUAUUGAUUUUAUACUAUUUCAUAGGUUCUUCUGUACCUUCAGCAUUUCUGCUGUGGAUAAUGAGAGAACUACCACCACCUUUAAUGUCUAGUGUACCUGAAGAAUCAACGACAAUUACCUUUGUUAGUGACAGUACCGGAGUGAUGCACAAUCCUCAGCGCUGGACUACCUCAGCAAGCUUACAGAACCAGCGGGGCGAAAAGCAAGCAAUACUUUCUCCUGAAGCAAGACAGAGGUUGUCUGGAUCAAAAAGUUCGUCCUCCUCAUCAGACCGCAACAAAUUCUUGGACUAA